AUGCCGCUGUUGAACACCCUAAGGACCCAUUUUCUAGGGCCAUGGGCUGAGAUUGAAGCUUUAAACCUGAAGAUCAAGCUAAAAUUAUUAAUGCAGUUACUAGCCAUCGCCCGUUACCUAAUAAUCUAUAAUGUGUGGCAUAUUAUCAUCUUUCAUCUCCAUAAUUUUACAAAUGGGAAGAUUUUCAUGUGGAUUAUUGAUACCCAAAUCAAGAUCUUUCUCCACAUUCCAAUUAUUGGAGAAUUCUUGGCACGAUCUCUCGACAAACUACUUAAUUACGCGAGAACGAGGUUAUUACCAGGUAUGGAAAGGAUUGAACAGUUUCUAGAAACUAUUUUUCAAAUAUGUUUAAUCGAGAUGACUUUUCGGAAUGAAAACGUCAAAUUGAUAAUAACUGGCGACAAGCUCCAUCUUGUGGGCCCUGAUAAAAAGCCCACUACUUCACUAAUAGUUGCUAAUCAUAGAUCCAUAAUGGAUUAUACACUAUUGAACUUGCUCACACAGGUGUAUAACCAUGAGCCUCUGUCAACGCGGCAGUAUUUACUCGAUAGCAUGAGCGGAAUUUACACAUCUUUCCUUCCUAGCUUGAAGUUUAUCUCCUGGGGUAAAAUUUCAAAUGUCCCAACCCUUUCACUGAUUGGAAGCGUUUUGCUAAAAGACGAAAAUACAUCCAUCCCCCCCAGUAGGAUCAAAAGGUUUCUUGAAUUUCAUGGGAAUCAAGUCUUGGUAGUAUUUCCCGAGGUUAAUGUGAUAACACCAGAGAUCCGUCUUAUCCAGCGUAAAAUCACUGAAGAUUAUCACUCGCCUAAAUUUCAGAAUUUACUUUAUCCAAGAUUCAAAACUUUUGUGGCAUCUAUGAAAUGCUUCGCCUACCUUCAAAACGUCAAAAGAACUCGAAAAGGUCAUCUUUACGUCAAAAAGGUUAUUACUAAACUAGAUAAAAUUGUCAACGACAGUGGUAAGAAAAGCGAGGAUUCAAAUGACCGGGAAAUUACUAAGCUGAAAAUGUUUUUGGGCCAUGAUUUCUGCAAUGAUACUGUUCGAGAAGUGGAAGAUAAACUUAAUGAACCUACUAUUAGCUUCGAUCAAUUUAUAUGGGAUAUUACAAUUUUGUAUUUUCAACCGAAAUUGGUACGUGGUGAACAAGAGGCACAUUUGUGCCCAUCGGAACCUCCACAACAGAACUGUCAUUACCGACUGGAGCAGAUAACUCCCUCAUUUAUGCAGCUCUUGACAUCGCGUUAUCGUAAAGUGCCUAUCAUUAUUCGCGUGGAUAUUAAAAAGCAUUCUUUAGGAAAGAUAAUAGCUUUGAAGGAUCGAAAACUUGAAAAAUGGCUCGAAGGUUUAUGGUGUGAGAAGGACAAGACAAUUACUGAAAUCGAGCAAAAGAUCAAGCUGACCUAG